AUGGCCAGCAGCAAAGCAACCUCUAGCUACGAGGAGAUGAUGAAAAUGGUCCUCGAGGCCCGUGAGCGUACCGGCAAGGAUGCCGAAACCACCCCCUCCCACUCUUCCAGGACUAAGAAGCGCCUACAAUCCCUGCAAGUGCAGUCCGAAGGCAGCGUGUCCUCACCACAGGCGAAGAACCAGAACGCCAGCCAGAAUUUUGCAGAGGAACUCGUGCCACGGCGCCGGCCGGCCGGCGAGGACCGUCUUUUGCCUACAUUCCAACGUGAGGACGCCAUGGUUGGGCCGCGGCCCCGUGCGGUCGGGGGUGAGUAUGGACGCGCGCCGCUGGUGGUAGACGAGCUGGAUAUGGAGGAGUGCACCCCGCGCAUCCUGGUUCCGAGAAAACACGUCCCGUUGCUUGACGAAGACGUCAUGUCACCCCGCACCGAGGUCGAAGGGGCGCCGAGCGACGCGUCCAUCGACGAGCAUCAUCUCCAGGAAUCGCCGUAUGUUGAAACACCCAUGGUUCUCCUGAGUCCAGCAGAAGAGACGUUGGGAUCCGGCAGCGGCUGGCUGGUUGUGGAUUACUAUGACGAGGACGCUCAGGUUCUGCGCUCUCCGUCAAGGACGCUGAGAGUUGGGAGCUGGGAACACGAGGAGGCUUUCGAGAGGGUUUGA